AUGUGGAUCUACAUCUACUGUGGCCAACCAGCCAUGGCUAGAGCCACAACACCUCCUGCUAAAAGGCACUGGCAGUUGAAUAUUGUUGUAGAUUCUUCCUUCACAAAUGCUGUUCUUUGGUGGUUGUCGUCAUGGUUCAGGAUCAAGAGCAUGGGGAGAAGUUGUUUGUUGCGCCACCGCUGCGUUUCAUGA